AUGCAAGGUGGCAGCGGUUGGUUGUCCCCUCCCCAGUGCAUCGCCCCAGUCCUUCUUCUUACUGUGGGGGUCAUGCUGAACUCUCUCAUGGCCCUGGACCAAGUACAAAAUGGAUUGGACGAGGCACAAUAUUCUGUUAAGUUAAUUAAAAAGAAUUACAUUUAUGGCAACAUAAACCAUGAUGUGAAUGUCUAUGUAAAAGUACACAGAGACAGCCCCUUUCUAGUCUGCAUGGAUGUGUCCCUUGCACAGAGUGAAGUCAUAGACCCUAACUACCUAUGGAUCGGGCCAGAUGGACAGACUCUAAAAGGAAAAAGCUAUGUGAACCUUACAGAAACUGGAAAGUUGAUGGUGCACGACUUUAGAGAGCACAUGUCUGGGCCUUAUACCUGCACUCUUACUUACAGAGUUUUCCGAAAUGACAUGCAAGUAGAACAAGAAAAAGUCAAGGCAUACAAAUUUAUGGUUUAUGCUUAUAGAGAACCAGAUUAUACUUAUCGAAUAUCUGUUCACUUCACCACCAAAGAGUGCAGCCUAGCAGCAAAUCAACAAUUCUUUGAAGAACUAAAGAAAAUCUUGAACAAUCUGAUUUCCUACCUGACAUGCCACAUCAUCGAGCCAGCAUACAAGUGCUAUUCUGUCAAGCGACCUAACCACGGGCUGGUAGAUGAGCUGUUUGUAGUUUUUGAAGUCAACCCAUUUGCCCCUGGCUGGGAAGCAAUUUGCCACCAUGUUACCCCUGACUGUGAAGAUGUGACCAACAGCCGUGUUCAAAAGGCUCGAUUGCUCAUUGAAGAGUUUUUCCGCAGGCAACAGUACAUCUUGAAAGAUGAGUAUGAGAACAUCCCUGUAAUCCAUUACAUAGACCAUAGUUUCCAAGUCACUCGUCUGGACAGCUGUCGCCCAGGGUUUGGAAAAAAUGAUGUCAUCCACAAUGACUGCGCAAACUGCUGUGUGGCUUGCGACCCUGGGAGUUACAGUCCUAACAACAAUGUGGUCUGCCAGACAUGUACAAGCAUUCGGAUUAAAUACUACGGGGCAAAAUCUUGCUGA